UGUGAUCACCCAAAAGUCCAACAAUCUCUUCCGUUUUCUUAUAAACUUAUCCCAAAACACCAUUUUCGUCCCCAACAUUUCGUACCCACAUAGCAAAAAUGUCAAACAAGUACCCCGUCUUCCCCAUUCCUGAGCCUCAACACUUCAGUGACUAUGGCUUUGAUCUCCAAAUCGACUAUUUUCAGGUUUUAGAUGCAGCAAGGAGGCAGAAGAAAGAAUCAUCAUGGAGAUCCACUGAUUCCCUUCACUUCAAGCUCCAGAAACCCAUAUCGAAAGACGAACAAUUAUCCCGGAAAAACAACAAUCUCAAGGCCAAGAACAGGAACAAGCGUUGGUGGUGGAAAAAUGCUCUCUUCUUCCUCAAGUGGAAUAGAAGUAGAGAUGGUAAUGAUCUAGAUGUCGAGCUCGAGCCCAAAAAUAGGGCUCGAGCUUCGAUAUCAGGACCAGUUUACAUAACCGAGAGCCGGUGCGGCUCGGGUUCAACCACUCCUUUUAGAAUCAGUAGCCGCCCAUCUUCAGGUCCGUUGGAGAUUCCAUAUUUGAAUCUGAGGGAACUUAACAUGGAGCACCAAGCAAGGGGUUCGACCUCUGCAAAGCCUAUAUAUUUGGUCACUUGAGGAAUCAUCCUCAUCAUCAUCAGAUCAAGAACCCAUCUUUUUUUUAGGGUAGUGCGUUUUAAUGGAGGGAACAUGGCUUCGUCCUCCAUGUUUGAUUGUUUUUUGUUUUGCUUUAUUGAUUUCUUCAAUGCUUUGACUAAGAUCUGUU